AUGGAUCCCAAUGUGACUAGAGAAUCAGUGAUGUUCACGGACAGCGAUGAUGAUCUUGAUUUCAAGAAACUGCUGAAAGCUUCCAAGAGCACUGACGGUUUUCCUGAGGCGUUUAUUCAUGCUAUACGUCAUAGUACUGUCAGAAGUUUGUUAACUGAAAGUAGUACUUGUUCACCACGUUCGUCCUAUUCAGACAGUAAGUUGUUCCAAGGGAGGCUGAUUUGGUAACUGUACAGUAGCGUGGGAUGAUCCUAUCCUUUUAUGGUCAACACCGCGGCCAAACGUAAAGCGCAUGCGCGAGUUUGGAGGGAAAAUGUUUGCCGAAAUUAUAAACAAUUAUUCGAUCAGGUUUUUGUGAUAUUCAAUAUAAUUAAUUAUAAUAAGUUAUCUCAUGAAGAAUGCAAUUUUAAAAUCAGUUCUACCCACUCUAUAUAUUCGCACAUAUCAUUAUUAUUAAAGUACUCAGUCUCUUGUAUGAACUGCAGUGCACUAUUCACUUCGGAUAAGAUGGACGCUGUUGCAAUCAAUGUUUGUGCUCGUGUUUUGAUUUGUAAUUGGCUCACUCUCUGCACGCUGUGUUAGUGUUCCUGAGCCGUUUUUCUGUUUGUAUUUUCCUUCUUUAUAUUUGUGUUAACGACCGAAGUUUGAUAAAUAAAUAAAUAAAGAAUAUACUAGUAAAGAAAUUUUCCUAACCGUUAUUCCUUUGAUUGACAUCUUAGGCAUAUCAUCAUUAACUGACAGUGAUCAGUCCAGUGGUCACCAUUCCCCCAAAGAAUCAAAACUGCGCGAGCAACUAACCAUGAUCCCGGAGUCGGUGCUCGCUGCUCUAACGAACAUCCAACGAAGUCAAUUACGACGAGUGCGCGAAGACGCAUCGAACCAUCUCGAGAGCAUUCUGCGGAAUGUCGUGAAUACAGUGGAUGGAUUUUAUACAGAUCAACUGACACGAGAUCUCUUGAUUCCUGUAAAGAAAAUGAUCGGAAGUGAAGGUUGGGAUAUUUUAAUUAUCAUGUCCAUCGUUUGCUUCAAAGGGUGAACAUUCGCAGCUUAUAUUUCGGGCAUUCAGCCAAUCAGCCCUUUCUAGUGACGUCACGACCAUAAUUUUGACGUAAAUUCUUCGAUAGACCUCCAAAUUCUUCGAUAGACCUCCAAAUGGUUGCUUUCAUUCAACUUGUUUAAUACGAAUUCAGAAAAGCCAUAUCUUCUGGUGAACUAAAAAAGUGGUUUCUUUUGCUGUGUAUAGUAAAUACUAAUAAAAACUUAACAGAACUUCGUCUUCUGCCGGCGCCUAUGAUUUUGGCGUAACCGUCGCUAGUGCGCUUAUGAGAAGCAUUCACCACCUGAAAAUAUUUUUUGGCUGAAUCUGUUAAGUUUGUAUCGCGGAUUUGUUAGGGUGAUGCAAUCCUGAAUAUGGUUUGUGUAGAUGCUUGGCGGAACAUUAUCCAAGCAAUUGACUGCAAGAAUGUAACUAUCUGUAGAAAAUGCUUUGACCUUUCGAUCGAUGGCUUCUACCAAUUGUAAGCCUCCGACUAUAUACCCCCUCCCCCAUACAGGAGUCCCUCCACGUAUAAGCCCACAAUGCAUAGUCACAAACGUUUAGGCCCUGAAACUUAGCACAGCAUUCGGCAGCACCGACCUAAUACACCCUUCCGGAAAGUACUCAGCCUUGGCUAUAGGGUCGUACUCUCGUUUCCAAGAUUGAGAUCGAUAUCGGCUUUAGAUCACCUUUUAUCUUGUCAGAGGCGACACAUUUACGAAAUCGUAUAGUUACAUUAGAUAAUAUAUUAAUAAAAGUAUUUCCCAUGGUGUAUUGCCGACCUGCAAAGCAAUAUUGUAGAUUUAGGUUGGCAAGAUGUUGCUUGCAUACCUACCAAAAUUAUUCAUAUCCUGAUCAACCUCAUUCAAUAAUUUUUAAAUAUUGAACUAAUCUCAUUAUAUAGCGCGCUUCUCAUAUUUCUUCUCUGGUAUAUACCUAUGCUAUGUAGUAAUUUCAUCAUACCUGAUGACGACUGAAAUCUAGUCGAAACGGCGAACAAAACUUUUCAAAAUGUUUACCGUGAAUAUUGUAUCUCUUCCAUAACAAUGUAUUUAUUUCUUUGUAAGCUUAUGAUAAUUUUUAUUAAAGCAUUAAGGUUUUGAUGUAACUUUUUAACACACUCGUCAUAUUUCAGAAAACGAGGGAGAAACGCGAAUCAAAGACGAAAUCAGAAAGAUAUUGAAAGGCGAUACUGACGACACACGAGUGUACGUGCGUCGAGGAACACAAGUUGUUCAGAAGAAACGAAGGAAGUCCAUAGUAGAUAAGAAAAAUGAAGAAGUUGAAGAAGAUGAACACGAAAAAGAGGGAAAAGAAAAUGAAGUCGUGACAGUUGUUGCUGAAGAAGUGGAGGUAGGGCAAGACAUGGCAAAGACGAUCUGUUGAUAAAUUUCCAAAUGUCGGUAUACCAUUGGAAAUAUUUUUUUAAAGUCCUUACUACGGACAUAGUAUGGAUCAUAGUUGAAAAUAGUAUGGAAAUCCAGUUUUCAUAGUAAUUGCAAUUUCAUACUUGGAUAUAAUAUGGAAAUAGUAUGGAUUUUGUGAUGCAAUCGCAAAUUCCAUAGUAUGAAUUUCACUAUUUAUUUCCAGUUGCACAGAGGCGUAGGAAGCCUGGUGAAUUUGGCGGGGGGGGGGGGGGCACUCCCACGAGCCUCCACCAUGAUUGUUUGCAACUCACGUGUCAACGAAGGGCCUUCGCUCGAAACGUCGAAGUUCUGCUCAUAGUGGCCGUCUGAAAUCCAGGCUAGUACAAGUCACAAUUCAUUUUGUUCGAGUCCAAAUGAAGUCACGAGUUGUUAAUUGGAGUAACAAGUUAAGUCACAGGCAUGCAGUAAGCUCCAUGUAUACCGCAUAUACCCGAGCCCAAAAAAUGAAGCACAAAAUGAAGCUAUCAAAAAAUGAUGUCAGUUCUAUUGUUUUUGUCCGCGCGGUCUGCAAGGAGCGCCGAAAUUUGGUAUUUUGAAAUUAAUUACAUAUUUACAACAGCAAUACCAUAGUUUUACAAACUGAUCACUUGAUUAGCGAUACGGUCUGUUAGGAAAAACUAGAAUUAGCUGGGAAAAACGGUGGUAAUAAAACUUUGAUAGCAUUGCCAAGCAAAGUUCAGUUACUAGAAUAUCAAACCUCCGUUCUAAAUUCCAAUGUUUUGCUUAUAUUUUGGAGAAACAAAACUGGAGGGAGGGGGGUAACAUGGUUGAUUGAGAGGGGUUGGCUUUAUAACAAACAUACUUGCAGGGAGGUGAGUCCGGGAUUGGGCUUCGGGAAACUUCCAGCCACCUGAGGUGCGUCCAAUCCCGGACUUACCGAAUCUGCAAGCAGCCUCGUCCCCGGCGCUUUGAUGUUGCGUGACGAGCGCGGGAGGACACGCGUGGGGAGCAACGCACCUCGAUUCCCGCGCGUGCGUCACGCAACCCGUACGUAAGCACAUCAAAGCGCCAGGGACGAGGCUGAUCUGCAAGUAUGUUUGGUUUUUAUCACAUGCCAUUUCGGUAAAAAGUAUUAAAGAAUUUACGCAUUUUAGUAUAUAAUUUCUUCAGUGUUUGGAUAACGAACAUUUUAGCCGCCAACAUACUACGAAAACAGACAAACUUAGGCUCAAAUUGGAGCUAAAACAAUUCUCUACAAUAUUCCCUCAUUCUUGAAAAGAGAAAAUGCACACAUUCUGCGAAAACAUUGCCAAGAUUUUAAUAUAUAAACCUGCACGUGCCGAACAAAUUUCGGCGGCCAUUCUUCUCUUCCACUUUGAAUACAGAAUAAAUAUUCCAUUUUCAUCAAACAAAAUAAAAAAAAUAAUAAUUAUAAAACAAUUAAAAACAGUUAAUUUAUUUUUUAUUUACAUUUUCGUCGGAAAUUUGUUCAAAUCACUUCAUAAUGGCCGCCGCCGAAACAUCGAUCUCGAACCCACCUCCUAAACACACGUCAGCAGGUGGGUUCGAGAUUGAACGCACCUCCUCGUAGCCAAUAGGAAAGCCGCUAAUACGCUAGGUAUGAGAUAAUGGCCCUGUCUUCUAAGCAUACUGAAACCAUUAAUAAACAGAUUAAGUGGUAUAGUUUCAAUCUCUGCCUGGGGCUCCUCACUGAUCAUAGAACUUAAUCGUAACAACAUAUUUCAGCGAAAAUCUUCCUUGUUUAAUCAUAUAUUCUAGAAGCCAGUUUGUCAAGUGAUGUUAAACCUUAUCGAUGACCUUGGGGAGAUAUCCACAGACCGCCAAACCCUACUGACUGAGGUACUUGAAUGGAUGGAGAGAUAUCCACCUGGUUCACUUCCAGACCUUUGUGACACACCCUCGGAAGAAUUUCAGCAAGAUGAAGUAACCGAUGAAAAAAAUUUGUUUACUGAUUGGGAGGUAACGAAGAACAUACGACGACUGACGCUGCUCUCCGAAGAGAUGGGUCUAGUGAAAUUGGAUAAUAAUGACGGCGGGAAUAAAAAAGAUAAAGGAGAUGACAGGAGAAAGUUACUUGAAGAAAAAAUGAACAAACAAAAAUCAAGAUAUAUUGCAACUAAAGUUUUUGAUGGUAUGUCCCAGACCUCUCAACUUUGUAGCCAUGAGUAAGAUGUACGAGUAGGAUUUGAGACAGCAUCCUUGUGGAGGGUCGGGGUAUCCUGCCCCGAAAACAUUUCUGGAAUUGCUAACAUCUGAAAUGCCAUUUCCUGUAUUUUGAAAGCUCAUUACCUUUGCUAGGACGUUAUGUUUUUAUUGGCGUUUACUUAUGUGUAUCUCAAACUCAUUAACAAUUCACGAGUAAAUUAGCUAUAUUGCUCUAUUUUGCUCGCAUGCUAAUAGUGCUGGAUACCGCGUGAAAUAUAUUGGUCCAGUAUUGUCUGUGCCAGUGUAGGUGGUGCCAAUAAUAUGAACAAGCUUUCGUUGGUAGGGAUGCAACUACCUGAAAAAUAUAAGGAGAAUUUCGAAGUUUCGAGCGAACGCCCUUUCUCUAGAGUUACUGGACUUCAAAAUUCCUUAUAUUUUUCAGGUAGUUGCAUCCCUACCAGGAUCAAAAUUAAUUCGCCUCACUAUAAGUGGUAAUUUAUUCGUAUGAGAUGUCAUUUCAAAUUAUCCAAUUCGGACUGGACUAGACCUAAAGUCCUCACAUUUGAUCGAUCAAAUUGCGCGGACUUGAGACCUAGUCCAGUUCCCAUGUAUAUAGUUGGAUUUGAAAUAUUGUUGGAUUUGAAAGGUGAUUUAUCACUAAUUGUUCUGGAGAUGAGAAUUUGCUUAACUUCCCAGGGAUGAAGUUUAUGAUAUGCUCAUAGUAAAAACAGAAAACAGUUUUGGUCACCGAACUCGUUUCGCAGAUAUGACAAGUGCAAUAUACUACUUUUCCUCCAUAUGGUGCCAUCUUGACCCUUUUACGAGUUACAGGAACAAUGUAUUUUAGAAUUAAAGAAUGCAAUUCCACUGUUUUAUUUUAGCUGAGUCACUAGGGGAGCCCAAAAACUGGCGGAGUGCUUCCAAUGCAAUCAGUCAAGUUCUCGAAGAAGCGACGACAUCAACCACAAAUCCACGAAGUAAACAAAUGUUCGGCAAUGCACACAAACAAUUUCGCUACAUGACUGAGUUGGCCGAGAAACGACAAGACGAGAAAAUUAAACUAGACGUGCAGUUCACUACGGUUUCAGGAAAGUUAAGUAAAGAGAAAAAAGAUGUGAAAGCUCUGAGAAAGAAGAAGCAAACGUUAGAGACUCAAAUUGAAAGAUGUCAGGAUGAUAUUGUAGAGCUGAAGAAAGAAGUGGUAUGUUUGGUUUAGGGCUCCUUUCCACUCAUCGCAAAAAACAACUUGCGAGCUCGCUAUAUUUUUGCAGGGGUUAUUACUAAACUUUGCUAAAUCGAGGUUUUACUAAAUUAAUUUCGCCCUCAGCCCGGUUUGAUAAACAUCUGUGGUGACAAUAUACGCACCAACAUGAAGAUCCUGGGGGUGAGGUUUAUCAAUAUAUUAAAAGUUCGAUUAGUAUUAGGUAAAUGUUUUCGUCAAAGCCAAUAUUGCAAUCAUGGAUUCGACAAGGCAAAUAGGUUUACUAAGUUGGCCUAAAAACCACUAAUUUCCUAUUCCACAUUUGAAAUAAGCGGGUUUUGCAGGCCAGAUAAUUUCAUUGACACUAUUCAAACACGAAUUGUUGAAAAAAAAUACUGAAUUGUUAAAAUCUCUUCAAAUCUUUUUCUGCUACGCAGGCUAUGUCGCUGCCAGUGUCUGCAUCUAAUUAAAAUAAACUGUCUAGUAUUGUGAUUGGUUGAAAUCAUUCCCAGCGAGCUUACGAAUGGACUGUUGCGAUACUGUAUACCAGAGCAAGCGCUUUUCACCUCUGAGAUGGUGCGUUCGAUUCUCGCUACGAACUCAUGUGAAAAGAGUCAGUCAACGCUCUGCCGAAAGUCGUGGGUUUUCUCCGGUCACUCUGGUUUCCUCCAACAGGGAAAGUUGAUAUGGUGGGUUAGGAUAAACACAGUUAAUAUAGUAUUAUCACAAUUUAAAGACAAACGGUCUAGGCUAUAAGUAUGUAAUUAGGUAAGCGUAUAAUACUUGGUGUAAAGCGCAUUUGAUCAUAUCGACAUGUAAAUUGCGCUAUAGAAAUGCUAAUAUUAAUCUUAGUCAAUUUGAAAUUUGACGUCAGCCCUCUGCAAAUACCAGAAGGAGAAGGUCAAAGUCAGAAGGUAAAAAAAACUGAUUUAGAAAACUGUGGCACUGGAGCUAUUGGCCCAUUUCAUUUAAUACAUGCAGGCACACCCCCCUCCUGUCGAGGAGUCCCUUAGGAUAUAAACAAUUUGGAACCUCCUUGGAUGCAAUUUUUGGAAGUUACCCCUUAGGAUAUCGUUUUCCCCUCUUGGUUAUCACUAAAACACCAACUAUGAGCCCAGCUAACCGGAAAAUUCAUCUGAGAGAGAACCGCAUGCCCUUUGUGAAAAUUCAAUAGGUGAUCUCACCUUGCGCUAGGCCGGCGGGACCUCAGUCAAGUGGGAUAAACUUUUCCAUAUGAAUGCUUUUAAUCCCACCUGACCACGAUGGACAUUAUUUGCCGAUGUUGACCUAUAAUAUAGUAUUGAACGGCAUUGUCGGAUAACAUAAACAAAAAAGAAAUAUUACUUGACCUAAACAGACACUAAUAAAAAUAUAUAUUUCGUUGUUUCGUCCCAUCGAGGCGAGAUAUCAUUGUAGGGGUGGGGUAGAAACUGCCACAUGAACACAGAAAUAACCAUCCCACUCAUAUGAGCUUUGAACAGAAACAUUGAGUGCUAUAUAGGUUGGGGGUGGCACCGAAGAGAAAUAAUUUCUGGGUAAAAAUUUAGCUGAUCCAACCAUUAAAAAGUCAAUAAUUUUCCAUCUUUGGCCAAAAACCUCACAAAAGGAUACUAUUCGGUUGUCACACAUGUCCUUUACCACUUCUGUAGCACGAGUUUGAUAACUGCUUGUGCAAUUUUCUCCUGUGUAAAGCUUCAUGUUGUCUGAACAUGUACUUUCUUUGGAGACACUAUUUGCCUCCUGAUAAAUUAGAAAAUGAUCAAAAUAGUGACUCUGAUUGAUUGAGUGAUUGAUUUACAUAUUGUAUUGACAUUCUAGUCUUGAAUAUUAGAGUGAGUCAUGCUUUGGAAAUAACAGUAAUUUGUUUAUUACCCAACCCUUGAGUUGUUUUGCUUUUCAUUUACUCAUUCGAAAUUUUGUUUACCCAACCCUUUUCUUUUCGGUGCCACCCCCGCCGCGUAAAUAAUUUCCGGGCCCUUACCAAUAACAUGAAGAUAUUUUUAUUAUGUUUUCAUUCUUGAACGAAAUACAGGAAGUUAGAGACGAGAUAAUCAAGGAAAGAUCAGAACAAAUUUAUGAACUUGAAUGUCUUAAUGAAGAACAGGAAGAGACUUUGAAGACUGAACGAGAAUCCAAGAAUCAAGCACCACCACCUGUUGCACAACCACUGACACAACAGCAACAGCAACAACAACCUAAACAACAACAACAGCAACAACAACGGCCACAAAAAGAAGAAACAAAACAGCAAGCAACCACAAGUAAAGAGGAAAUGUCAAGUUCUGAAAAACAACAAAGUCAACAAGCUAAGCAAAAGACAACGAGGAGAGCUUCAAAGGAAGGUGGAGUGAAAGCAAAGAAGGAAAACAAGGAAGAAGAUAAACGAAAGAAGCAGGAAAAGGAGGACGCACGAAGGACCUCGGUGAUAAUGUCCUUAAAAGAAGCGAAAGCUGAGCUGGAACAAAUUAGAAAGGCUGGCGAAGCAAGGGAAAAUUUAGUGAAAGAACUGAAAAUGAAACUGGAAACAGAAACUGGAAGAUUUGAACAAGAAAAGAUAAAGUUAGAAGAAGAAAUACAGUUUCACAAACUACAAACUGAAAGUAAGCAUUCUAAAAAUCUUUCAUAAGUGCGCUGUCCCUUACCAGCAGAGUUGCCAAAAAUUUCAAGUUUUCAAACCUUCCUGUCAAUUAAGGAUUUUUCAAGUUGCAAAAUAUAUAAAUGAUGUCAUUCAAAAAUCAAAAUCGAAUUCUUAUUCCUAUUUCCUUAGUACGUUGAUCAGCUGGUUAAUUGCAUUGUACCCACAACACAUGAAUUUAACAUGAAUAUAGCAAUAUAGCCUUAUUGAAAAUUGAAAUUUACUAACGUUUCGUCUUUAGCUCAAGACAUCUUCGGAGUAUAGUAUGACAAUUACAAAUGUUUAAUAUGAACAAAUUACUAUUUACAAUAUAGCAUAAACCUAGUUUCAAGUGUCAUUUAUGUACUGUUUAAUAAACGAGCAGGAGUGUUCUUUAUAUAAAGAAUAUUAAGUAGGAGAAGGUUUAAUAGGAAUAAAGUCACUGCGCAUGACGCAUUAUCAGUGAUUUAACAGGCUAAAUUAAGCUUAUGAACUAUUAAUGUUUGAAGCAUACGCUAUGCUGGCCAUAGUAUAAACGUAACAGUACAAACAGAUGUAUAUGCCAUGCGCACUACCCAAGUACGCGAUCCGCGAUCCCCAGAAAGUAGAGUGUUCCACAUAAUCACUGUAAACAUUCCUCCAAGGGCGUCAAUCUAUCCCAAAAAGUGGGGGGGGGGACGGACUCCAAAUUAUGAAGGUCCGGAGGCAUGCUACCCUAAAUUUUUUUAAAAUUUUGGUACACUGAAACGGCAUUCCCAGCGUUUUGGAGGCACUUAUAAAGUUAUAUUACAAUGUGCAUCAUCUUAUUAAAUCCACGUGAGAAAUGUGAGAAUGUUAACCAUGUAAGAAAUACUCUAGAAACCAACAUGUCCUAGCCUGUGAACAGACGUUACUCUCGAUAAACAUGUCCUCACUCGAAUUUUAUAAUGCUAAUAAUCUAUUAAUUAACCAUUUGCCUUAUUUUGAUGAUAAUCAUCUAUGUAAGGGAAACUCAGUUAAUCAAUAUUUAUUAGCACCUGGAAAUUUACAUAUAACUUCUCUUUAGUGGCGGACACUUUACGAAAUAUUGGGGGAAGGAAAAAAUUUAAAAUUUGGAUCCCGGAAAUGGCAUUUGCAGCAUUCUGAGAACACAUUUUGUAAAAAACUAGGUUUUCAAAACACUGUUUUAAUGGUCGGCAUUCAGUUAUAAAUCACAUGCGAAGCAUAGAAAAACAACAUUUCAGAGAAAAUAUUUACAUGAUUAUUAACAUUUCUGAAUGGAAUUGCAUGUAAAAAUUUAUUCGCUAAGUGAGUGAAAUUUAUUCGCUGCGCACGCUUUUGUUUUUGUUAACAUAAUUAAAAUUGCAAUGUUAAUUGAAUUAUCCGUUGUUUUUGAGCAUAAUAGUUUAAUACGCAUUCAAAUAUUAUUGUGCAGCAGUAGUAUAAGUAGUAUAAGCUUCAAAAACAACAAAAAAUCGACAAUGACAUUUAAAGAAGUGCCUGUUGCAAAAAGUUGACCUCCUAGUGUCCGUCAAAAAGAAUGUAUAAAAUGCGUAUGUUGUGUCUUGUACAGUACAGAAACGUAUAUUAUUAUAUUGUUUGGUAUAUUGCUUACUGUUUUAGCUUAAGUUUUAUCAAAUAGUUAUUAUUUAAUAUGACAAUUACGUUAUAUGAGUGUGAUUUGUGUUAUUUGGCACAAGAUUUUUACAGUCUUUCAAAAUUAUUCGGUGUCCGCCACUACUUCUACCCUAGUGUCCGCCACUACUUCUCUUCAUUAAAUAUUACAUAAUAUGAAGGUGCAAGCUAACUGUAAUAACCUUGUAGGGUUAGACGAGACAGUUAAGACGCAAUUAUUUUUAAGUAUUUACAAUUUUACAUAUGAGAUAUCAGUACUUGCUCCGAGCGGCUACAGAAAGAUCAUACGUUGUACUUCUUCCGUAUUAAAUGUCUUCCUUUCAAUCACAAUUUUUGAUGAACAGCAUACCAUGCAUUAGGUUUUUAGAUAACCAAGAAACAAAAUUUCAUUAAACAUGUCAAAAAGUGGGGGAUAAUUAGAUAUUCGUCCCCACUCCAAAAACUGGGGGGGUGCGUCCCCCCAUCCCCCCAGGAUUAACGCCCAUGCAUUCCUCACUCACCUCGCAUAUGGUAAACUGUCCCCACGGAUGGUACCUGCAUUCUUUUUGCAACUCUGUUACUGUCUAUCCUGCUUUUCAGUUUAUUCCUAAAAAUUCAAUACAGACACUUUGUUGUGUUCCUUCGGUGGCAUAUAGUCGGUUUUCCCACUGAUCUGGGUUUUCCACUUGGCAAAAUCUUGCGGGCGGAGCGGAAUUAUUCAAGGUUUUGUGCGAUUUCUCGGGUGGAACUAAUUAGCAAAGACAAAGAAAAAUUCCACUCCGCGCGCAACGUUCCGUCUGGUGGAAAACCGAGGUCCUUCAAUAAAUUUCUCUCUCUAAACUCAGGCGCUAAGAAACAGCUCGAGAUCGAGCAGGAGGCAUGGGAACAAACCAAGAACGAAAUGUUACAAGAAAAAGACAAAUUAACCAAUGAGAUUCAAGCGAAGGAAGAAAUAAUUAAUUUCCAAGAACAACGAAUUCAGGAGGUUGCCCGCGAGAUGACACUAAGCCUCAUGCGUGCAGGCUUGCAGGCUAACACGAACACGGCACGUGGCACUGCUACAGAUAAGUUAUUGGAGUCGAAACAAUUGUUAGCUAAACUUCAUCUGCAAUACGAGUAUGAAAUGGAGAAAUUACGGGCGUACGUGAAGCGAGAGUCCGAGCGGCAACAAGCUGAAACAAGACGGCUGGAAACUGAGUUCAAAACAAAUCUAAACAAUAUCUACAGGGAUACGAGUGUUAUUUACCGAGCAGUGAACAGAUUUAAAGAAUGUCUAGCUGCGCUAUUUGAUCGGGAAAGUAAGUGAUUUCACUGUUAAGAUAGAGAAUGGGAAAGGAGGGGGGAGGGGGGCUGAUAGAAUAUAAUUAACACCCUCAAUUUUUGCUAUAUUUCGCUUUCUCUGCAAUUUUUGCUACAUUUUGUUUUCUUAUAACAGAUAUACAUUUACAUAGAGAUAUAAUAAUAACUAAAA